AUGAUGGCGGCGGCGGCGGCUGGGAGCGCCAGCAGCGGCAGCAGCGGCGGCGGCGGCGGCGGCGGCAGCAGCAGCAGCGACACGUCCAGCACCGGCGAGGAGGAGAGGAUGCGGCGCCUCUUCCAGACGUGCGACGGCGACGGCGACGGCUACAUUAGCAGAAAUGACUUGUUGAUGGUCUGUCGCCAGUUGAACAUGGAAGAGUCUGUGGCUGAGAUCAUGAACCAACUGGGCGCUGAUGAAAAUGGGAAGAUUUCCUUUCAGGAUUUUACAAGGUGCCGCAUGCAGCUCGUCAGAGAAAUUAGGAAGGAGGAAGUAGGCCUUUCUGAGAAGUCAGACAACUCCUGUAAAAAGAAGAAGCUGAGGGACAGAAUUGCUUCCUGGCCCACGAGCAGUGACAACAGUUUGGGUGCCUUAUCAGCGGCCAGGGAAAGCUGGGAAUACGACUCGGGAGCCAGGGACCUCCAGAGCCCGGACUUGCAGAGUCAGUCAGCCCUACAGAAGCUUCUUGAGUAUGGGGGAAGCUCUUUGCAUCAGCAGGCUGCUGCUUUCCACAAGCUGCUCACACAGUCCCCGCGUUUUGGCAACUCUGUAGGAGGAAGCUAUCUAGAGCUGGCCAACACGCUUCACUUGGCAGCCCUGGCAUCACUCAAGGGAGAUAUAGUGGAGCUUAAUAAACGUCUGCAGCAAACGGAGCGGGAACGGGACCUUCUAGAAAAGAAAUUGGCCAAGGCACAGUGCGAGCAGUCCCACCUCAUGAGAGAGCAUGAGGACGUCCAGGAGCGAACGACACUUCGGUACGAGGAACGCAUCACCGAACUCCACAGCAUCAUUGCUGAGCUCAAUAAGAAGAUAGACCGUUUGCAAGGCACCACCAUCAGGGAGGAGGAUGAGUACUCAGAACUGCGAUCAGAACUCAGCCAGAGUCAGCACGAGGUCAAUGAGGACUCUCGCAGUGUGGACCAAGACCAGACCUCUGUCUCCAUCCCUGAAAACCAGUCCACCAUGGUCACUGCGGACAUGGAUAACUGCAGCGACCUGAACUCGGAGCUGCAGAGGGUGCUGACGGGGCUGGAGAAUGUGGUCUGCUGCAGGAAGAAGAGUAGCUGCAGCCUCUCGGUGGCAGAGGUGGACAGGCACAUCGAGCAGCUCACCACUGCCAGCGAGCACUGUGACUUGGCUAUUAAGACAGUGGAGGAGAUCGAAGGGGUCCUUGGCCGGGACCUGUAUCCCAACCUUGCUGAAGAGCGAUCUCGAUGGGAGAAGGAGCUGGCUGGGCUGAGGGAAGAGAACGAGAGCCUGACUGCCAUGCUGUGCAGCAAAGAGGAGGAGCUGAACAGGACCAAGGCCACCAUGAACGCCAUCCGGGAGGAGCGGGACCGGCUGCGGAGGAGGGUUCGAGAGCUUCAAACUAGACUGCAGAGCGUGCAGGCCACAGGGCCCUCCAGCCCUGGCCGCCUCACUUCCGCCAAUCGCCCUGUUAACCCCAGCACCGGAGAGCUAAGCACAAGCAGCAGCAGCAAUGACAUCCCCAUCGCCAAGAUUGCUGAGAGAGUGAAGCUAUCAAAGACCAGGUCCGAAUCUUCAUCGUCUGAUCGGCCGGUCCUGGGCUCAGAAAUCAGCAGCAUAGGGGUAUCCAGCAGUGUGGCAGAGCACCUGGCCCACUCUCUUCAGGACUGCUCCAACAUCCAAGAGAUCUUCCAGACACUCUACUCGCAUGGAUCUGCCAUCUCGGAAAGCAAAAUUAGGGAGUUUGAGGUGGAAACAGAACGGUUGAAUAGCCGUAUCGAACACCUCAAAUCCCAAAAUGACCUUCUGACCAUAACCCUGGAAGAAUGCAAGAGCAAUGCUGAGAGAAUGAGCAUGUUGGUGGGGAAAUACGAAUCCAAUGCCACCGCGCUGAGGCUGGCCCUGCAGUACAGUGAGCAGUGCAUCGAAGCCUAUGAACUCCUCCUGGCCCUGGCUGAGAGCGAGCAGAGCCUCAUCCUGGGGCAGUUCCGUGCGGCUGGUGUGGGGUCGUCUCCUGGAGACCCGUCAGGGGAUGAAAACAUCACUCAGAUGCUCAAGCGAGCUCACGACUGCCGGAAGACAGCCGAGAACGCCGCCAAGGCCCUGCUCAUGAAGCUGGACGGCAGCUGCGGGGGAGCCUUUGCUGUGGCCGGUUGCAGCGUGCAGCCUUGGGAGAGCCUGUCUUCUAACAGCCAUACCAGCACAACCAGCUCCACAGCCAGUAGCUGCGAUACAGAGUUUACUAAGGAAGACGAGCAGAGGCUGAAGGAUUACAUCCAGCAGCUCAGGAAUGACAGGGCCGCGGUCAAGCUGACCAUGCUGGAGCUGGAAAGCAUCCACAUCGAUCCUCUCAGCUACGACGUCAAGCCCCGGGGAGACAGCCAGCGGCUAGACCUCGAAAACGCGGUGCUGAUGCAGGAGCUGAUGGCCAUGAAGGAGGAGAUGGCAGAGUUGAAGGCCCAGCUGUACCUCCUGGAGAAGGAGAAGAAGGCCCUGGAGCUGAAGCUGAGCACGCGGGAGGCCCAGGAGCAGGCCUACCUCGUGCACAUCGAGCACCUGAAGUCCGAGGUGGAGGAGCUGAAGGAGCAGCGCACGCGGUCCCUCAGCUCCACCAGCAGCGGCGGCAAGGACAAGGCCGGCAAGGAGUCUGCGGACGCUGCCUCCCCAGCUCUGUCUCUGGCUGAACUGAGGACGGCCUGCAGUGACAGCGAGCUGGCCGCGGAGUUCGCCAACGCCAUCCGUCGAGAAAAGAAGUUAAAGGCCAGAGUUCAGGAGCUGGUGAGUGCCUUGGAAAGACUCACCAAGAGCAGCGAAAUCCGACACCAGCAAUCGGCGGAGUUCGUGAAUGACCUGAAGCGAGCCAACAGCAACCUGGUGGCUGCCUAUGAGAAAGCAAAGAAGAAGCAUCAAAACAAACUGAAGAAGCUGGAGUCUCAGAUGAUGGCCAUGGUGGAGAGACAUGAGACCCAAGUGAGGAUGCUAAAGCAAAGAAUAGCUCUGCUGGAGGAGGAGAACUCAAGGCCUCACACCAAUGAAACUUCGCUUUAAUCGGCACUCGGGCUCCACGGUUCUGUCCGUGGAGGCUAAAGUCUAGCAGGUCGCUGAGGAGAGAGGGGCCCCAGAGGACAGAGUAACCUGUUGGGAGAAGGAGAAAAGGGAAGGUUGGCAGGUAGGUCAGCACUUGGACAAUGGAGUGCCCUGGACUCAGCCCUGGGGCGAGUGGCCCUGGGACGUGGUGUAGACUGUAUCCAGAGGAUCCUGCCCCUCCCCUCCUGGGCUGUGGACGGCGUGGGAACCCCUGCCGUGUGUGUGCCGGCUCCGCAGGUCUUGCUUCUGCUUUCAGCACUGGCUCUAUCACUCUCCCACCUUUCUGUUCUGGAACUUGUGCAUUGGUGGUAUAAUCCAGGCAUCACCUCUUCAAGAUUUUCCAUUCUUUUUUUCUCUUUUUGGUAGACAGCAGCCUUAUCUCUGACAUCCCUAAUUUCUCCUCUUUCCUUCUCCUUCAGAGGAAAACUGCCCCGGGGGGAGGGGGGGCAGGGGGGUGGUGCGGAGACCGUGCUCAGCAUCUAGAAGAACUGCUGCUUUGUUUAUUGCAACCAGGCUUUGGUUUUCAAGUCCCAGGUAUCAACAUUUAAGACACAGGCUGUCACUCAGAGGUGUUCUGGGAUGUCAAGCACAGGCGAAUGGCACACAGGUGUUCCUUACAGUCCCAGAUAUGUUGAAGCUACAGGUAGAGCAGUUGGGUCUGAACAACUCUGUGUGGGAGAAUGAGAACUUCCUUCACCUCUCACCGUGAAAGCAGGCCUGGGCAGGCAGCUGUCUUUAGACUGAGGUUUCCCCGUCCUGGUGGAGCCUUAUUAACAGCCAAGGCUUGGAGCUGAGAGAAUCCCGCUGAUACGAGUAAGGGAACUAAACUUUUGUCAGGAGCAGAGACGCAUUAGUACUUUCCACCACCCCAGGGCACUACAUAAUUGCUGUUCUGCACGAAUCAAAGCUCAUCCACAUGAACAUGUAGUUAGGUCUGGACCUGCCUCUAUUGCUCUAAGGGCAAGAGGCAGGAUGCUGAGUAGAUAAUGUUUUGCAGGCUACACUCCUCUUACAAAGGGCAGGGGGUGAGGGAAGGGCUGUUGAGGCCUCUUUUUAUCCCCCAGAGACACGGUGAUGGGUAGCAUAUGGUGUUUCAACGGGAAAUGUCAAGCAAAAUGCUGACAGGACUGGGCAGGAACAAUGUACCUGAAUUCUUUCAGGAAGGUCUUCCAUUUUAAAAUCAAUUCUUCAUCCCUUUUCUACUAUAACCUUCCCUGUUGCACCUUUCACUUUUUUCAGUUCUUCUGUCGCUGCCGUACGCUGACUGAUACAUCUUAAAGGACCACUUGCCAUUUAUUCUGUAGCUCCUGAAGACCCACCUGAAGUCACCUAUGAGAAAUAUGCCCAAUGCCACAGUUCACUGUUUUGCUUAUGACCAGGUCACUGCAUUCACUUCCCCGUGUCCAUGAGCUGCUUUCAGAGGGCAUGACACAAGUUCCUCAGCCUUCUGCACAAUGGGGCAGGAUACUCUAGCCACCAUCUUGGAAAGCAGAGCAGUUCUAUCCCAAAGCAACUACCCUUCUUUCUCAGGCCAGCAGUGAGGCUGCCCCAUAUUCAAAAAAAAAAAAAAAAAUCAACUGGUACCAGUGUGAAAGACCCAGCUUUUGGAUGCUGUGAAGUACCCACUGGCUUGUGUUUCUAUAAAAUUCAGGUAAAUUUGUUUCUGUAGAAUCAGGUAAACUUGGUUCUUGUGACAUUAAGUCAAUUUUUACUCUUCGGAUAGUUUCAUUUUGUUACAAGGAAAAUGAUUUGGCUGAAAAGUGUCUGCAAAAAAAGGUGUAACAGAUGAAAUCAUGGUUUUCCCCGUUUUUCCAACAUGCCCAGGGAAAACGUCCUCCCUAAGCAAACCGGACUGUGCAAAGCGGGGAACCAUUCAUGGCUUUCUCUUGUGUGAUUGAACAGGUAUCAAAACAGAGGGAUGGUCUUCAUUUUCACCAACACUAAAAAGUGUAGCUGAUGCAGGACCUCUGUCUACCAUUCUUGUUGCUCCAAGUGAAAACAGAACCUGCUCUUCUAGGGUCAUGGAACUCCUCCAGACCUGGGAAGUCUCAGCUCCUACAUUAUGAGCCCCAGUAUUACUGAGCCUACUUGGCCUCAUUUUGAGUUUAUACUUCAGCAUAAUACUUUCAGAUAUAUGGUGGUUGGGUGAAAACUAUUUCCCUGGCAAAACUGUUACUUUUAUAAAUGUGUAGAAUAAAAGCUAUUAAAUAGUUGAUUACCUUUCCUUAUAUUUUUCACAUACUCCCCUAAGACACAGUCCUUGUUGAAGGUGAACCUACGGGCACUUGGUUAUUAUGUUAAUUGCAGGGCUUACUAAAACCGCAUUGAUUAAAUAAAUGAUUACAGGUGCCUGGAUCAUUUUCUUUUUUUAUAACCUGAAUUUUUCUUUCUAAAUAGGAGCUGGUUUAUAUUAACAUCUCCAUCAGAGGUAAACAGUGAUCCUAAUUAUAACUUGUACAAGGUUAAAAAUGUUCCGACUUUCAUAUGUUUGUUUUAAUCCUCAGUGGUUAACCCUUUUAGGCAGUCACCUUCGCUGUUCAGAGUUGUCUCUGGCUCUUAGAGAAAUAGGCAUGAGAAGAAAGGACCCAUUUGAAAGUUCCCUUGGAGUAUAAUUUCCCACUACUACACUGAGGCAAAAAUCUCAAGUAAAAGAGACUUCUGUCUGUUGCUGGAGUGCCAUCAACACGUGCACCUACCAACCGGAUCUGAUGUUCUGCCGAACCCCAUGUGCAUCAGCUACCAAAACUGCCAUGGAAUUGUAGGCGGUAAGAUUCCCUUUUGAGAUUUACACCAAAAGCUACUGAUGCUUAUGUAUCUUAUGUGAUCAGACAGUUGGGAUUUAUCAUGUCCUCCCUACCUCAGAGGUACACUAGAUGUUUUAUCAUUGCCAAUGCAGAUAAUUAACUGUUGCAUAUUCACUCUCAUCUGCUAGCAUGUCAGGUUUCUGAAGUUAAUAUCCAUGCUGCCUGAAACUGGAAUGGUAGAAUAAUAAAAAAUUAAGUGGCAGUUAAACAUAAUUGCUUAAUCCUCCUGUGAGAUAAUGCAUACCUUACUAAGUCUUCCUCUGAGCCUACAGCAAGACUUUACAGGGACAUUCCCCUUCUCCAGGGAGGCAGUCCAAGUUAGAGCUGAUGAGGCUUUCUUUUUAGGAUGAGGAUAGUAAAGAUUUUACUAUUCUAAGGAAAACCUGAAAUCACAGGAAAGUCUCCUAGUUCCCAGCUGCAUAUAGAUUACAUUAUUUCAAGUGAAAAAAAUGCCUCAUAAUUACCCGAUCUGGGCUGGAUUGCCUAUGUAGAUGGCAUAAAUUGUCUCCUAUGGCCCACAGAAAUUAUCCUGCAAUUAUUUUUUAAUUCUAUCAAAUAUCUUAAAGCUCUCAAGAGUUUGGGGUAUCAUGCUUGUGUUUUAAGUGAAGUAAUGAGAAAGACUACAGAAGACACCCAAACUUUUAUUAUUAUGACUUCUGAAAGCCCUAAGCCUUUUCCAUAAACUAUUUGCAAAUGCAUAGCUGGGAUUAUGGCUCAUCCAUGAAACUAAACUCUCUAUAAAGUGAACAAAGGUCAUGUUCCCUAAGUUUACAGCUGCACCUAUUUGUAGAUGCAGCAAACAGCUUUUAAUUAGACAGUUUUUAGAGCCCAAAGGGGGAGAGAAUUAUGAUGAUUGAAAUUUCUGAAUUGAAUUUUAAUUAGGGUGCAUCCUAUAGGGUUGCCAAGGAUUUUGUGGGUGGGGAGGAAGCAUAAGUAACAUUUUUGUUUUUCUGCACCACGUGACAGCUUGGUAAAACAACACUGUAAAAAAUUCUGAAAAACUCAUGUAGCAAUUAUUUUUUUAUUUCUCCAAUGGAAUGGCCUGGUUGACAGGAAAUGAUACUGUUACCACCUUUCACGGAGACUUGCUGGGCACUACUUUGCAGAGGCAUCACUUGUUACAAAACACAAAUUAUGCCUUUGCUGUACACAAUUCUUAUUGAAGUCUAUCAAAAUCCUAUAAUAGUUAACUGAAAUCCUGUGUUCACAUAGGCCGGGCUGAACCUGUCACCUUCUGAAGUUCCUAUUUCACACACUUGAAGUUAACUUUCUAACUAACUAUACUUAUUCACUAGGAGAUGAAUGGGGAUGCCUUAGGCUGCCAAACACUAAUUUUUCAGAAUUGGCGCCAGAAUUAUCAAUUAAUAUAAUGCUGGCUGUAGCCACCACAGCAUCACUGAGCACUCAGUGGCUGUUAAAACAUUAAGGACGUGGAAAAGAAUACAAGUUGAAUAGCAGCUGUUCACGUAUUCUCAUUUUUUGCUAAUUCUUGUGUAGAGAAAAAUAGUUUCGCAUACCGACAACUAUUUUUGGUGAAGGGUUACAUUGGAUAAGUUGUCACAUUGCAUCUGAGUGAGAUUUUGCAUAGGACCAAGACAAGAAAUCCUUCUGGCCCAGUAAUAGCAACUGCUACUGGAUCAUCAAGGUUGCUACAAAAUCAUUUAUCCACUAAUCAUCUGAAAUACCAGCUCAGCAGUACAAAGCAAGCUAGAGACAAAAUUCCCUCAUACUGAUGACCUGCUUAGUUAUCCCAGCUCUACCGUUCACUUUUGCACUUUUUUGCAAAUCAGAUCCACGUGGAAAAUGUUCUGUUUGUAGAACUCAUAGUAUUCACUUAUAGUGCUCAUGUCAGGACAGCCAUUCGGGAGCCCCUAAUAAUCUGCUUCUCUUUGAACCCAGUGCAAAGAUGAUGAAACAUGUUCACUUUUCUAUGUCUGAUCAGUUUUUAGACAUUGUCAAGACUUACUUUGCAUGAGAUUUUGUUUCCUAUUAUUUGAAAAUGUGCUACUUUUAAGCUGCUUGAAUGUACUGUCAGUUAUUAAAGCACAUGUGACUAAGUUUGCAUUUGUCAGUAUUGUUCUACUGUAUUAAAGUCUCAUUUUAAGGUUGCCCUUUAACACUGUACUAUACCUUGUAAUUUUUUCUUCACUUGUAUGCUCUAAAUGUUUCCAGAUGCCUUUAGUUUUAGCUGCUGUAAAAUAGCUUUGUGUUAUUUGAUACAGAAUUGUUUAAAAAAAAUCCAUUUAUUUAUACAGAGACAUUUAUAAUAUUUUACAAUCAAUCUUAUAUUCUGAAUAAAGAUUUCUAAUUCGAUAA